AUGGCUCAAACAUUCGACGUCACGGCUCUUCGCAAGCACUUCCCUGCUCUGGACAAGAAGCAAGUGUAUUUUGAUAAUGCAGGUGGCAGUCAAGUCAUUCAAGAGGUGAUUGACUCAGUCUCUGAAUAUCUGUCUGGCACGAAUGUGCAGCUGGGUGCUUCUUACCCAGUGGCUCAAAAGUCGACCAAUCUGUUUGCAGCAGGCAAGGACGCUGUUGCCAAGUACAUCAAUGCCACAUCGGAUGAAAUUGGUAAGCAUUAG